AUGGCGACAUUAAGCACUCAACAAGUAGCCAAAGUCACGUUUCAAUACCUGGUGCAAAAUAUUUCGGAUGAUAUGUCACCAGUAUAUAGUCCGAUAUUUGCGACUUCGGAUAAUAUGUUUUGGCAGUUACAAUUCGGAAGGACAGAACCGAAUUAUCUCGCAAUAUAUUUGAGUGCGAUUCCGAAUGAACAAGAGACAUUAGACGCGGAUGCAUGGGAAUUACGUAAAAAAUACACGGCAAAAUUGUUUUUGAAGAAUUCGUUGACAAACAAGUUUAUUGUGAAAUUGGAUUUCGAGGAUAUAAAAUUUGAUGCUAUUUCGACAACAUGGGGAUUAAACAUGUGCGAAAAAUCAGAAUUACGAAAUAAUCAAGUAAUCGUUGGUGUUGAAUUUGAUAAACCACAAGAUGAUCUUGUUUCCUUGGCCACAUCCGUUAAUAAAGAAUCCAUCCCUAAAGACCUUCAUGAAGCUUGGAAUGCUCUAUUAGAUGAUCCUUUGCACGGAGACGUGCAAUUCUCUGUACAAGGAAAAAUAAUACAUGCUAAUAGUAAAAUUCUUACAAUUCGGUCCUCAUACUUUAAGAAAUUAUUAGAGCAAGGAGAAGGCUCCGACUCGUCUUCCACAUCAGAAUCACAAACCCCAACAUCAACCUCAGAACAAAAAUUACCGGAGACACCUAUUGGAACAAAUUCAACUGAAACAGUCACCAAAAAAAACACGUUACAAAAAAUCGCCGAUAAAUAUCAGAUAGACGAUUUAAAACGUUGUGCGCGUCUCGCGUUAUUUCAACGAGUCAAUAUUCAAACUGCUGCAACUUACUUGUUUGGCGCCGCGUCACAAUUCUCCGAAUUGAAAGAAUUUAUUUUGGAAUUCGUGUUAUCGAAUUUUGAGAAAGUGAGAGAAUCGGAAACUUUUAAAACUAUCAUUUCGGAUCCGGCGAGUCAUCCAUUGUAUGUCGAGAUUGUGACGGAGUUGUUUGGAAGACAAAAAGAAGGAAAUAUAACAGCUGUCGAAAAUGAAAGGUAA